AUGUCCGCAUCACAGACCCCUGGAUCCCCCAGCGGCAAUUCCCAAAAUGGUUUAGAAACUCCGCCCACAUCUAAACCUUCCCGUUAUCGUCAAAUCAUAGAUGACAUAUCCAUAAAUCGCAACGCAUAUUUCCUCACAGUCGUCGCUUCAUUUGGCGGCAUGUUUUUCGGUUGGGACACCGGACUCAUCGGUGGAAUCCUCACCAUGUCCUCCUUCCAAGAUUCCUUCGGCCUCGACGAAGGAUCCUCCUCUUACACAAAUCUAUCUGGGAAUAUUGUUUCUGUUCUACAAGGAGGAUGUUUCUUUGGCGCUAUGUCGAGUUUCUAUAUUAGUGAUGUGUUUGGACGUAAAAAGGCGUUGCUUGUGGCGGAUUUUUUCUUUCUCGUUGGAUCUAUCAUCCAAACUACGAGCGGGGUUAAUACCACUAGUUUAGGUCAGCUCUAUGUAGGAAGGUUUAUUGGCGGGUUUGGGGUUGGAUUGGUGAGUGCAGUUGUGCCGACUUAUAUUGGGGAGAAUGCGAAUAAGGAGAUUAGAGGAAGAUGCGUGGGAUGCAUGCAACUAUUUAAUGUAACAGGUAUCAUGCUCGCCUACUUCAUUAAUUUUGGCAUGAACAAAAACGUAGCCGGCAAUAAUCCCCUAAAGUGGCGCAUCCCAUUUGCCCUACAAACGCUACCUGGCAUCCUUCUCGGACUCGGGCUCCUUUUCCAGAACGAAAGUCCUAGAUGGCUCAUCGAAAAAGACCAACACGAAAAAGCCCUCCAAGCCCUCUCACACGUGCGUCGUCGUUCCCCAACAGAUCCCCUCAUCCAACGCGAAUACAACGAAAUCAUCGCUGAUUUCCACGGAAAAGAAAGAUUAAUUCUCCUCCGACAAAUGAAACUCACAAUGUCAAACAAAGCUUCAUUUUAUGCCGUCUCUAUGGCUGCUAUACUGCAAUUUUGGCAACAGUGGACGGGAACAAAUAGUAUUAAUUAUUAUUCACCGCAAAUCUUCUCGACGGUGGGUCUUACUGGUACAUCUGCAGGGCUUUUCGCAACGGGAAUUUAUGGUGUCGUGAAGGUGUGUAUUACCGCGCUGGGACUCAUGUUUGCCACAGAGCAAAUCGGAAGGAAGUGGUGUUUAAUCGUUGGAGGGCUCGGACAAGCUUUCGCCAUGUUCUACAUUGGAAUCAAUCAAGCCGUCAAUCCUCCCGUCGAUGGAGCCCCAUUGAACGGAAACUCAAUAUUUGCAAUCAUCUGCGUAUAUCUAUUCGUAGUAUUCUAUUCCUUCGGAUGGGGACCCAUCCCCUUCGUCCUCAGCUCGGAAUGUUCUCCAAACCAUCUCCGCAGUUUCAGCAUGGCGCUUGCUAUUGCCGUGCAAUGGUUAUUUAACUUUAUCAUCUCGAAAAUUACCCCGUAUAUGCUAAGUGGGAUUACUUAUGGCACUUUCUUGCUUUUUGGAGCUUGUUGUUUGUUGAUGACCGUCUAUGCGGUCAUUUGUGUACCGGAGACCAUGAAUGUGCCGUUGGAGAGGAUUCAUACGCUUUUUGAGGGGGAGAUUGUUAAAGGAGCUUUUAUGGAUACGAUACCGAGAUACAGGAGGUCGAAUCAGUUGAGGGAAAUGAGGAGGGAGGAUGAUGAUGGGAUGUUGGGGAAGGGGGAUGGUGAUAAUGUGAUGAGUGUGCAUGUUGAGAGGGUGGAUGGACGGGUUUAA